GUGAGUGCCUGCGUAUCGAGCCUCGUAGCCAUCCAGAGUACCAAAUUACUGCCCCUCGCUCAAACCUGCUCUCUCUCCGUCUCUCCGUCUCUCUCAAACCGGCACUCGCUCCGGCACCAAUGCGGACGGCACGCCCGAAACCGGAUAAACAAUGCGAUAUCUGUGGGGACUGUAGCUUUGCUGAGGCUAUUGCUACUUGUUCUCAGUGCAAUCAAGUUCAUGAGCAUAUUUAUUGCAUGCAAACACAACUUGAUGCUGUUCCAGACAUGUGGUUCUGCGAAGAAUGCCGAUCACGCGGCGAUGCAGUUCCUUCAAUACCCAAAAUGAAGGAUCAUAGUGCUCUGACUCACAGUGACACUUCACGCAUUGCAGUAGCUGCUGGAUCUCAUUUUGAUUUGAAGCUUCAUGGUCCUCUAAAAAAGCAAAAUGUCGUUGAAACUAAUAGUAGGAAAACUAAUACCCAAGUGAAAAGCAGCUUUCCAGAGAAGAUUCAAGUUAAUAGAAGCCUUCCAGUGAAGUUCCAAGUUAAUAGAAGCUUUCCGGGGAAGUUAGAUGAAGAUUCCAUGGCCCACAAUGGUGAAAUGGGAAAGACAGAAUAUGCACCUGUAGCAAUUUCAACUCCUGGUAAGGCUGUCCCCCGCCCAAUCUCGAAAGCUUGUUCUUUCAAGGUUGGUGAAGCAUCCAAAGUGAAGUUUAUUCCUGCCAACGAAGCCAUAUUGCUGACAUCAGGAGCCAAAGCAAAACUGGGAAGUUUGGGUUCUUUGCUUCCACGAGCUUCUCCAAUACAUACUGUGCUGUCUCCUGUCGUGAAGGGGACUCCUGCUUCAAAAGGUUGUUUGCAGAAGGGAAGUUCGAACUUGAGUUCUGGACAUUCUCAGCCUGCUGUGCUUCCUGACAAAUGGCUUAAGAAUGGUAUCCUGCAGCAACCAUCCGUUAAACCCUCAAAACCAUUACAUGUUGAGAAAUCACCAUCACGAACUGAGUAUAACCCUUCAAUCUCUGAAAGGUCAAUAAGCGUAAAGCGAGAAGAUGGAUUAUACAUAUCAUGCCCUGCAGAUGCUCAAAAACAUGUCUCACCACUGAUUUUGCCUAUGUUUUCGGAAGGCAGGCUUCCAAAUCAUCCUUUGCCAGAUGUCCUUUGGAAGGGAAGCUUUGAGAUCUUUGAUGCGGUUCAUCACAGUGUUUUCUGUGAUAGGAUUCAGGCUUAUCGUCCAACAAUUGUAUCACAUAAGGUUUGUGACAUUUCAAAAAGAAUGCCUAAAAUUUUACCAUUUAGGUUACAACAUCGUUGUGAAAUAUGGCCAAGGAUCUUCCUUAAAGAUUGUCCAGCUACUACUGACAUUGCGCUCUAUUUUUUCUCUGGGGAAUUUAACAGUUUCAAAGCAAAGUACAUUCGUCUUGUGGAGCUGAUUGAGAAGCAUGAUUUAGCAAUGAGAAGUUGCUUGGAUGGUGUGGAGUUAUUGAUAUUUACAUCUAAGCAACUUCCCAUGGAUUCACAAAGACUAAAUAUGCAGAUUUACCUGUGGGGAGUAUUCAUCCGUAGCAAAGAUGCCAAAGCAACUUCCCAUGCACAGGGACCACCUUUACCUACACGUAUUUCUUAUACGUGGGAUCUACAGGAUUUUGAUCUUCUACUUGAAGAUGGCACUCGGAGCCAAGCAGACAUUUCUUCCAACAGUAAUGCCAAAGAAGUGGAUAUGGAAAUUGACAUGAUAGGGGGUAAGGAUGUUGGAAGAAUAGACAUACCUGUUCCAAGACCUGUUGCUCUUAAAAGUUGCACAUCACUGACCGCACAUUUGAAUGAUCAUGGACCUUCAUCUGCUAGAAAUGGACCGACCAAUUUGGUGGGUCCCUCUGAAAUCAAGCGGGAGAUUCCCACCGCCACUGCCAAUGGAAUGGAGCAGGAUGGACUGUCUUUUCCUGAUGUUCCUCCAGGCUUUUCAAACCCAGUUACAAGUGAAGCUGCCAAGGAGAAGCCCUUGGUUGGGUUUGGUACCAAGAAACUGAAUCAUGUGAGGACUAUGGAUGUUACACCUUGUUUCAACAAGCUGCGUGAUUUGAAAGAUGAUCGCUGCCUGCCUGAGGCCAUCGACUAUAGCGACAAAAAGGCUGUCAAGGGGAGCACUAAGGUCCAAAGCCCCUCAAAGCCUGCUACCCCGAGAGCUACGGAUGUUCCUCCUGGGUUCACUAAGCUGUUUGAUUCGAAUGAUGAAUAUCAAUCAUCUCAGGCCGCCCUUAGGAAGGGAAAAGUAGUUACGGGGAGCACUGAAGUACGAAGCCCACCCUCACGGAGAGACACCACAAGGGUUGAACCUACGUCUUCUGGAGAAUUCUUGGGUAACCCAAUUCACGAAAACCCCACUCUUCAGAGUCUGAAGGAUCAUCCAGAACUGCAGUUUGACUCUAUGAUUACUAGUUACCUUAAGCUUUUCCCCGAGGAUAUUAAGGAGGAAACAGCUAGAGUUCAUUCUCCAGUUAAAUGCACUGAGAUGCAGCACCUCCUCCCUGUGAAUGGGGACAUGCUUGCCCUCAGUCUCUCAAGGCCCCAGUACUUGAAAGAUGGGAAUAAUUGGAUCACGGAAUUGUCGAAGGAAUGUCUGAAGCAAGAGGGUGACACCAAGGAGCUGCAACUGAGUCUUUGAAUAGGAGCUAUGGAUAUACCACUACUCACCAUCACUAACAUCUAGAGAGGUACAUGAUUUCCUGUAAAUCUGUAUGUACAGUUUCUUGUCUCAAUAUGUGCAGAAAUUAACAGGUAGGAUUGAAUCCCAGGAUGUGAAUUUGAUGGCUGUUCCUGGUCGUCUAGGAAAUUACAGUUUGUAUUGCUGACACUGGGUCCCCCGGUGGAAUAUGUAAGCAUGUACAGUUCAUGACA